GUCUUCACCACCCUCUCUAAACGUCAAACUCUUCCAAGAUAGGCAAUCCACCAGUUUUAGAGCCACCUCGCCUCUUGAGUCUCCUCACCCUCCCCUCGCCGCUACGAGAGAACCCCAUCCCUGGAAACGAUUAAUCCUCUCUUUGCCGGAAAAGAAUUAUUUAGAAGGCAAUUACUACGUUAAACUUUUUUUUUCUUAUUUGAAAAGUUUUAUAUUUUUUGCAUGAAUAAAAGGGCAUCCCUUCUUCCAUCCACCGUCGCGGAGAAUUCUUCUUCCCAAGAAAGGGAUUUCACCACCCUUUUUCGGACCCCCAGAAAGGGACGAGCAAAUUUGCUGUAAUUAUUUUACACAUCACCAGCAAGCAUAGACAUGCCAUCAUCCACCAGGGAUCCCUCCUCCUCCUCCGCCUCCUCUUCCACACACUCCUCAUCUGCUGGCAGAUCAUCAUCCAAACCGUCCUUCAAACUCACAAACCCGCUCGUCCUCAAGCUCUCUUCUUCUCUCCUAUCGCGCUUCCCCAGCGUCCCUGGUCCGACCACAGAGGAACCUUCCCCAGAGGACAACGGAAGGAACAACGCUAUCAAAUCCAAACCUUCCUCUUCGCCUUCGCCCUCCUCCUCCUCCUCUUCCUCCUCGCCGUCCUCAACUUCCGCCUCCGCCUCCGCAGCAGCAGUUACCCCUACUGUUGUGGCCCCCGUGUCCUUUGCUGAUCAUGCCUCAGACGCAACCUCCACUCCUACGACUCAAUCCGACGCCCAGAGACGGAAGGGGAUCCCGGGUCCCAAACCUGGGAGCAAAAGAGGUCUAGGACAAGGCGUGGAUCUCAAUACCACGCCGAAACUGAGAGGGAAGCCUGGGCCCAAGAAGAAACCCAGAUUAGAGGAUGGCUCCAUUGACCCCAGCGCUCGCCCCAACCUCAACGGGAUAGGCACAGGCAAUGCCUCAACUAGCACAGGUGGGCAAGCACCAACACCGUCACACAAACUCGGACCCAAAGCGAACCAAGGCGCCAUCAAUGCGGGACUGCGCGCCCUCGACCGCACAGGCAAACCUUGUCGCAAAUGGGAGCGGAAGACGUUUAACUUAAAGAGCUUUACGGGGGUUGUUUGGCAGGUGCCGACGUGGGCUGCGCCGCCGAAGGCUGAUGCUGCUGUCGCCGUUGAUGUUGUUGAUGGUGUCAGUAUUAUGGAGGAUGUGCGGCCUACGGCAACGAGUGGGAAAGGCGCCCAGGGAAAAGAGCAACAUGGCAAAAACAAACAGCAGAGUGCCAGCGGUGGCGGGAAAGAUGCGGGUGGUGCUACUACUACCACCAAUAUAACUAACGGCACAGGUGCUGCUGCUUCCACUCCCACUUCUGCUCUUGCUCUUGCCGACAGCAGCGACGCGCCAGCCACUGACGAAGCUGAUGGCAAGAUGAAUCACAGCAUCAAGACCACCACCGCUACCAAUGCCAUUACGAAUGAAGAGAAGAAAGGUCUCAAUCAUAUACGCGACGGGGAUGGCCAAGAAGCGGAGGGGGAGGCCGAUGUGACAAUGGCCACAACUACAAAUACGAAUGCUAACUCCGAUAACAAUCAUAAUGGCAACAUUGAUAGCAGCAAUACUGCUGAGGGUUCGCCUACGGCUGUCUCUGUCGCUGUUGCGUCGUGAUAUAGGUUGGCGGAACAAAUAAAGAGGGGAAAAGCAAAAAAAUUAAGAAAACCGAUUCGGGCUGAGAAGUUGAAAAAUUUAAAAAACCGAAAAAAUUUUUUCGCUGUUCCUUCCUCUGUUUGUCCUUCGUCCCGGUCUGUAUUUCCAUCUGCCUGUCGACAAUAGAUUUUCUUCUUGCCUUCGUUGGAUAUCGUUGUCGUCUCCAUUUCUCGCCGUUAAGGAGGGUUGAGGGAGAGGAGAGGGUAUUGUUUUCUGAUAUAGCUCUGAUCGCCUUCCCUCUUCCCCUAGGUGGUUUCGAUCCCUACCGCUUGUAUCACCUUCAUUCCCUGUAUUCAUAAUUUGUCAUAUUAACGAUAUGCCCUUCUGGGUUUUGUUUUUGUACAGGUGCAAUGGGGUUUCUUAUUAGUUUUAAUAUUUUUUUCUGGGUUCUUUUUCUCCGUCUUCUCAGCUGCUUCACACCACACAGAAAUGCAAAAAAAGUAUUUGAAGAGAG